UUUAUCAAUUCAUUUGUAGUAUUUUUUCUAUAACAUUCUAAAUUUUAUUUAAAACUCUAAAUUUGGCGGUGGCAAUGCUACCUUAUAAUUUUAGCCGGGACGAGUGUGCUCACGUUGAUGUCACGGUUGCAUUUAGCUUUUUUUGGAGUAAAAAAAUAAAAAAAUAAUGCCACGUAGUAGCAUUACUUUGGGCUAGUGAAAGUGGGAUAUAUUUAUUAUUUUUAUAAAGCUUCAUUUGUAUAUAAAAUCAGACGUCUAUUUGUUGAUGAUUGUUGAUAAAUAAUGCCUAUAAAUAAAAUGCUUUUGUUCUGUCAUCUUGUCAUCAUCUGUUAUUGAAUAUUUCUAAAAAAAAACAUAGUGUCAUAUUAAUUGUAUACACAUUUUGACAUUAAGAAUAAUUUGAAGCUUGUUAUUAUUUGACAUUUUGACAUGAUUCAAUUUGGGGUUAUACAAUCCUCAUAUACAUACAAGUCAUACAACAUCAACAUCUCAUUGUUUGUUUGUUUGUUGUAGUUGACUGCUCAAAAAUUAAUUAAUUAAUUUUCAUAAAGAACAGAAAAAAAAUGGCUAAUGAUUCUAGUAGUUCAUCAGAAUUAAAACAAUUUGAUAAUACUGAUGCUUCAUUGAUGAGUCAAUGUUAUGAAAAUUAUAUUCUCAUUGAUGUUGGUGCUAAUUUAACAAAUAAAAAAUAUAAUCGUGAUUUAGAUAGUGUUAUACAACGUGCUAAAGAUGCUGGUGUACAAAAAAUAAUGGUUAUUGGAGCAAGUGUUAAAUCAAGUAAAGAAGCAUUACGUUUAACAAGAAUAUAUCCUGGUGUACUAUAUUCAACAGCUGGAAUUCAUCCACAUGAUGCAAAAUCAUGGGAAGAUUUAGAUACAUUAGAUGAACUUGAAACAAUAGCAAUGAAUACUGAAUGUGUUGCUAUUGGUGAAUGUGGACUUGAUUAUAAUCGUAAUUUUUCUGAUCCAGAAACACAACGUUCUGUAUUUCAUAAACAAGUUGAAUUAGCUUGUAGAAUUAAAAAACCAUUAAUUAUACAUGAAAGAGGAGCACAAAAUGAUGUUGUUGAAGUAUUAAGUCAUUAUAGAAAUAAAUUACCACCAGUUUUAAUACAUUCAUUUAUUGGUAAUGCUGAUGAAGCAAAAAUAUAUAUUGAUGAAGGUUUUUAUUUGGGAAUAACUGGUUAUUUAUGUAAAGAUAAAUCUGAUAGUGGUCUUAGACAAGUACUUGAAAUGGGAAAUAUACCAUUAGAUAAAAUUCUUGUACAAACUGAUGCACCAUUUAUGUAUCCAAAUAAUAGAGCAAGUAAAUUACCAGAACAUGUUAAAAAAGGUUUAACUGAAAGAUCAAUGACAUUUUUACAUCGUUAUUGUACAUUUCAACGUAAUGAACCAUGUGCACUUCCAGCAAUUGUUGAAAUGGUUGCAGCAUUUAUGAAAAAAACUCCAGAAGAAGUUGCACUUGCUACUGCUUUUAAUGCACUCAAAAUUUUUGGCUUGAGUCAAUGAUUAAUGAAUUCAAGAGUCCAGUUUUUAUAGAACCAACAAAGUCCAGAUAUUAAUUUUUUUUUAACAAAUUUAAAGUGGACAAUUAGCUUUAUAAAAUUUAUUUUUCGUCAAUAAUUUAUCUAUUUUUUUUAUUAUUUUUUUUUCUUUUGAAUAAUGCUAAAAUAUGGCUACGUGCAAUAAAACUCAUAUUUUCUUGAUUUUUUUUUAACCUCAUAAAAUAUACUAAUUAAAAUUUUAAAAAUUUAUAUAUAUUCAUUAUGUUUUUUAUAAAAACAGGAGCUUUUACACAAAAUAAUCAGUUUUUUGUUUGAUAAAAAAAAAAGAGAUCAUAUCAAAGAAAAUAAAAAAUUUAUAUAUAACUUAAACAAAGCCGAAAUUUGUUUAAUAAAAAUUGAAUUUGUUUGAAUUUUGGCUCAAAGAAAACGACAAUUCAGCUAAAAUAUAUUAUAAUAUCUAAUAAUCUAUAUGUUAUUUAAUAUAAUUUAACAAUAUACAUAACAUUUGUUGCCAUAAAUAUACAGUACAUUAUUAUUUAAGUGAUGAAAAUUUAUUUUUUUAACAACGUUAUUAUUUUCUUGUGAGUCCAACAUUAUAAAAGCUCCUAUUUCGAAAAUUAAUAAUCUAAUAAAUCAUAUAUUUUUUGACAUAAUUUUUAUCGUAAUAUUAAUACAAUGAUUUGUAUAAUUUUUUUUUUUUUUUUUAAUCUAAAAAUAUUUUUUUUGACAAAUAAAAUUAUACUAAAAACAUUGUAAAUAAAAAAUGAUAUAUGUAUAUAUUAAAUACUUUUAUUAAUCAAAUUGUAAAAUUA